AUGUUAGGCAAUUUGCUGAAAUGCAAGGCCAAUACGUCUGGUUCCGAGAAGAAUCCAGAUCAUUCCAAUUUUUCCUCGGUUGUACCGAAUGUCCCUGUGUAUUGUAAAGCAGCAAGCACAGGAACUACAAAGUCCGUCGUUGGCGUUCUUUUAGAUACUGCCGUGAAUGUGGAAAAGCAUUCGGAAAUGCUGCCGACCACUUCCCCACCCAUUUUAGACCAUAUAUCGGAUGAUUUAAAACUAAAGCUGUUCGGUUCUAGGGAUGUUCCCUAUUGUUGUCCCAUUAAUUCAGCACAAAAAAACGGGGGUCUUAGCAGUGAUAAAUUUACCUCUAUCAAUGAGAAGGCGUAUGCGUUCAGAAUUCUGAUCAUAGAGGAAGCUGGUCAAAUGGCGUGUAGAAAUAACUACCGUGAUAUCUUCGACUACACAACGUCAAAAGUCUCAAAUUCAAUGGAGCAAAUACGGCCCAGCGAAUUGAAAGAAUAUAUAUUUGGUUCUCCCGUGAGAGCCUCUGAUUUGACGCAAUGUGACAAAAUUAGAACCAUUCCUAAUUCGGAUUUGGUGCUCAUAACAAGGAUAUUCUAUUACACGCACCAGUACAACCGUAUUGCGAUUAGCUUAUGCAUUCCAAAGAUAUUGUUGCCUGUAGUUGCAGAGUCGUGGUCGUGUAUUUCAUCAUGGUUGACCCAAACUCAAAAAAUGCUUAUUGGUUUUUUGAAUAGAAAUCGGAUCAUGCAAGAAAAUACCGGUAACUACAGUAAUAAUUCGGUUAUUAAACUGUCGAAUAUAGACAUCAAAAUACACUAUCCAAAGGAAAUUGAAAUCAUGGUGCAAACUUUACAAAAGAGAGUCAUCCCAUGUUUACGUUCUAUGUCAGAGAUACCCAGACUCUUCCUCUACCCUGAGACAUUCAAAGAAUUCGUCCACGUUUGGUUCAAAAGCGUAUUCAAUUGGAUUGAAAUCAAAGAUGGUCCCAAGCUGGGAUUUCUUCCUCUUUUAAUGGCAAUGAUUAUAACCGAUUACAGGCAAACCAUGAGGGAGUUGAAAACAUGCAAGAUCGUCAUCCUUUCAGGAAACAUGGUGGUUGCUAACAAAUUACUGUUUAUCUUAUCAGCUUUAUUGGAACCGAAGUACAAGGGGAAGAUAGCAAUACGCCCAGAAGAUCUGGAGCCAGAGUCGUCUGCUGCGUCAGGAAAUAGAUCCGGUAACAGUUUUGUCGACAAAUCAGAAACAGAACUAAGCACAUUAACUUCAACAGAUAAUCUCAUAGGUCGUGCAGAAACUAAUGGUAACCAUCAUAUGUACAACAAUACCGGAUCUCCCAAUUUCCAUUCUUUGAGGAAGGCGUGGCAAAUACCAAAUCGGAGAAAUUCAAAUAUUUCAGUUUCUGUGUCUUCAAGUGAAUCUUUAGCGGAGGUUAUUCAACCUUCUUCGUUCAAAAGUGGGAGUAGUUCGUUGCAUUAUCUAUCAUCUUCUAUUUCAAGUCAGCCUGGUUCAUAUGGAUCUUGGUUCAAUAAGAGACCGACACUGUCUCAGUUUUUCCAACCAAGUCCUUCUCUCAAACAUAACGAGUCAUGGGAAAGGCUGCAAACAACUACUGGGAAUUUGCAGAGGACAUCGAGUUCAUCUUCUUUACAACAAGCCACCUCCAGACUGUCAUUAACGACACCCCAGCAAUCACCUUCUAUAAGUGAAUAUGAUGAAUAUCCAUGGAUGGGGACGCCAAGCUCGCCUAAUGUUGGUGAUACGUCUCAUGCAGUCCCCUUGGUUAAAAAUAUCUCAUAUAAGUUUCCACUCAAGAACGUCGACUUAAAAAGAGAUUGUCAAAGAAUUUCUCAAAAUGGCCUGUUGGAUGAGGCAUUUGAAAAGCUUUGUCAACCUUCUAUGAACGACCUAGGUUCCACUUACGAGAUUUUCCCAGGUAAUUCCUCAUACGCAGAUAUCUUAACCACUGACUCUAAUAUCAGUGAUGAUUUAAUGAAUAAGCCACUAGAACUUUUGCCCAAAUAUACAAUGUACUUGACCCAUUUUAGUAAUUUUUUUCAAUUGCAGGCAUGCCCUGUCGGUCAAGAAUCUGAGAAUAGAAUAACAAAUUCCAUGAAGAUUGACCUUUUAGGAGAAGAUUACACAAGAAGUUUACUGGUUUCGUUACGCUCAAGGGACAUCAGAGAUGUCGCACUGAAAAGGGAGUUUACUGGCAGUACCAACAAUAAUAGCCAUAAUGUCUAUGAUGAAAACUUCAACGGAAAAAGGAAGUACGUGUUGAAACAAAAAACCAGAAAAAUUUUCUCCUGCGGUAAGAUUGGUAAACUGAGUGCUAGUCUGGAAAAUUGCGUUAAUUUUGUGGACAGCAGUAUAAAAAGUGCAAUGAUGUUGUACGAUGAUAAUGGAAUAGAGGGAGAACUGCGUGACUUAGAAGCACUACGGAUUUUUUCAUCUCUUGUUCAUUAUUGCAACACGGGUUAG